GCGUGAGAGAGCGCGAGAGGAUCGCGGAGACUGCGCCGGUUGAGUUGUUAGGAAACGUGGCCUUAAGAGAGUGUCCAGCUCAGCUCAAUGAGAAGCGCACUCAGCUGACACUGUCAUCGCAACUGUAUUUGGGCCUCGCAGUGUUUAAAGGCGCGGGAACAUGGCUGAUGUGGAGCAGGACGCAGCGGUGCCGGGCGCAGCCGGUAACGGCUCAGACGCGGUGAACGGGAGCGCGGGCCGCUUCGUGUCCAGCCCCGAGGGCACAGCUCUGGCGUACGGCAGCCUGCUGCUCAUGGCCCUGCUGCCCAUCUUCUUCGGAGCACUGCGGUCCGUGUGCUGCUCCAAGAGCAAGAGUGCUUCAGAUAUGCCCGAGACCAUCACAAGCAGAGAUGCUGCUCGAUUCCCCAUCAUUGCCAGCUGCACUCUCUUUGGCCUGUAUCUCUUUUUCAAGAUUUUCUCGCAAGAGUACAUUAACUUGCUGCUAUCCAUGUAUUUCUUUGUGCUGGGAAUAUUAGCGCUGUCUCACACAAUGAGUCCGUUUAUGUGCCGAGUUUUCCCUGCUAACUGGCCAAAUAAGCAGUACCAGCUGCUGUUCACCCAGGGCUCAGGAGACGGCAAAGAGGAGAUCGUCAACUAUGAGUUUGACACCAAGGAUCUGAUAUGCCUGGCAAUCAGCAGUGUGGUAGGGGUCUGGUACGUCCUCAAAAAGCAUUGGAUAGCCAAUAACCUGUUUGGACUGGCUUUUGCCCUGAAUGGAGUUGAGCUGCUCCACCUCAAUAAUGUCAGCACUGGAUGCAUCCUGCUGGGAGGUCUGUUCGUUUAUGAUGUGUUUUGGGUUUUUGGCACCAAUGUUAUGGUGACAGUUGCCAAGUCCUUCGAAGCCCCAAUCAAGUUGGUUUUUCCACAAGAUUUGCUGGAGAAAGGUUUAGAUGCCAAUAACUUUGCCAUGUUGGGACUGGGGGACAUUGUCAUUCCGGGAAUCUUCAUUGCUCUGCUCCUGCGCUUUGAUGUCAGUUUAAAGAAGAACACCCGAACUUACUUCUACACCAGUUUCCUGGCUUACAUCUUUGGCCUGGGUCUUACCAUAUUUGUUAUGCACACCUUUAAACACGCUCAGCCUGCUCUGCUGUACCUGGUCCCUGCUUGUGUUGGAUUUCCUGUGGUGCUGGCCCUGUUUAAAGGAGAACUGACGGAGAUGUUCAGAUACGAAGAGUCUUCACCAGAGGAGGCGUCAUUGAAAGAGGAAGUAACAGAAUCUGAUAAAGACAAAUAAAAAUGUGGGUUGAGCCCUCAGUCAUGUCCUAGAGAUGUGGUCAUGUUCAGAGUCUGCUCAUGGCAGUCACGUUUUGUACUUUUGAGCUUUAUUUGAUUGAUGUACAACAGCUUGCUCAGUGCCUGUGUAUUGUCCUUGUUCCUUUCGUUCAAUUCAUUGCCUUCAACAUUUGAAAAUUUGAUCGGUUAUUUACUUUCAAACGUGUGGUUGUUUUUUGUUUUGUUUUUUUAUCCUUAUAAUUUGAACCGCGUAGAAGUUAGGCUUUCUGAAUGUAAUGUGUCAGAUUGCUAAACAGAUGUAUUAAAAAUCAGAUGUCACAAGUCCACUUCCUAUUCCCCAGUAGCUGGUUUCUGUUAUUGGUUUUAUUCUAGGAUCUCAUAAGAGAUUCAGUUUGUGAAACAGAAGUAAUUAUCCAUAUGUUAUUACAUGAAAGGAAACAAUUAUUCUUUCUGCAAGUGUAAACAAAAGUGGGACCAAAUAUCUCCUUCUAAUGUGAUGGUAGUGUUUACAUGUGAUGUUUUCUGUCUGUAGCUGAAGGGCUCUGAGUUUAGUUUUCUAUGCCACAUCGUUUCCUGAUCAUAUUUGUUUGUACAACUCAUGCUUAGCUUGGUAAGCAUUAUUUUACAGUUUCCUCUUGUGUAAUCUUUUUCACAACAUAAAAGUGUAAAAUUUAAGCUGACAUGAGGAGCAUUUCUUUCUCACUUUAACUUUUAUUUGCAUUAAACUGUGGUUUUUACCACUGUAAACAAAGCA